CACCACCCAGCUCAACCCAAGAAUCCAAGAACUCGUGCGCUGCACGCGCGCGCCACGCCACGGCCAUGGCGACGGAGGCGGCGCCGCUCCCCCACCUGCUCCCCUCCUUCGGCUCGCCGGCGACGACGCCGACGACGCCGCGCCACCACCUCGCCGAGCUCCGCAUCGAGCGCGCGCACUCCGCGGUCGCCUUCUCCGCGCCCUGCGACGCCGGCAAGAAGCGGCGGUGCCUCCUCCCGCCCUCGUCCCCGCGCAAGAAGGUGCUGCUCGAGCUCCACCCCUUCGGCUCCCCGACCCCGACGCCCUCCCCGGCCACCGCUCCGCCUCUGCUUUCCUCGCGCGCGGGGACGCGGGGUUCUUGCCCCGACAGCGACUUCUCCUUCCCGUUGGCGGUGGGCGGGACAGGGGGCGGCGGCGGCGGCGGCGGGGGUGGGAACAUGUUCGCGUUCUUGGAGGACGCGCCGAGGGCGCCGACGACGCCGACGGGGUCCAGCGGCAGCAGCGCCUUGUCGUUCUUGGUGUCUCCGGCCGCGCCGGAGACGCCCACGGGCUCCACCGCGAGCGGCGGGUUCGCGUUCGUGGCCUCGCCGAAGGAGCCCACGGCGCCCCCCGGGGCCUUCUCGUUCUUCGCCUCGCCGAAGCAAGCGGCGGCGACCACAGGCCCCACGGCCAAUGGCGGUUUCACGUUCUUGGGUGCACCGGAGCAACCGCUGACGCCGACAGGCUCCAAUGCCAGCGGAGGCUGCGGUUCCUUGUCGCCGAAGGAGUUGCACGGCGGCAGCGCCAUCGCGCCCUUGCCUUCCCCGACGCCGGCGAGCACGGACUCCACCGGCAGCGGCGGCUUCUCCUUCUUCCCUUCGCCUGGGCCGGCGUUCGGAACCGCGGCUUCUCCGGGGCUCGCGGCGGCCAAUCAGUCGUCUCCCACAGGCGGCACCUCCCCCUCGCCGCCGUUCGUCUUCACGGCCUGGCCAGCGCACAAGUCCGGCGGCCGAAGCAGCAGCAACAGAAGAUCGCGGCGAAACCUCCGCGUCGCGACCCCGCGCCGCGGUACCCCGCGACCGCGGGACGAGCAGCAGCCGGCCACCCCGCGGCCGCGGAAGGCCGCCAAGACGGCCGCCGGCGAGGCCUCCCGCUCCUCCAUCCUGUCCGGGUCGGCGGGCACGCCGUGCUGCGCGUUCUUCGCUUCGCCGGCCAAGGCGGCCAAGCAGGUACUCCUCCUCCAUUGCUUCCUCCUUCCUCUUCUUGAUUUCUGUCUGCUCGUCGCCAUUUCUUGCGCAUCUCAUUGCUCCGAUUUGAUCGCAGCAGGAAUCCAAGAAUUCCUCCACAAAAUUCGUUUUCAAAUCAAUCCCAAAUUUCAAAUUCGGCGUAUGAAUCACAUCUCUGCAAUUGCCUGGACUCCUCUGUUACUGGCGAUUGCUGUUGAGCGAGAGGUUGAGGUGUCGAGCGCGGAGAGAGAGGCACCCAGGCCGAGCUCGCCGGCGGCGGCGGCGGCCUGCACCGGCGGCGAGCUGGUGGUGCGCGUGACCUGCAAGUGCGGUGUGCACAAGGAGUUCAGCUUCGACCAUUCCCACUGAUCAGUUCAGUCGGUCCCCUUAGUCCAUCCUCACCGUCAGUUUUGCCACAUCAACGGAUCAGAUCGCUCCUCAACUGUGUUCUUGAUCCUCUAGUGACCAGAAACUUACUGGCAAAUCUUACUAGUUAUAGUAGAGCUGCUCUGAGCCUGAUAGAGCUGUAGGAUUGUAGGAGUCUGCAUUCUGUAAUUUCUCGUAUCAUCUUCUCUCUGUUAUUUUUUUGUCUGAACUGGAAGGACAGUUUGCACGUAUGUUUCUUAUAGAUAUCUGUUUUUACUGUCUUGAUGUAAUGCUUUGGUGUGCGUGUGAGCUGUGAAUACUGCACCAGAUGUAGUGGUUAUUAAGCGGCGAUCCAUUCUUGUGUGAUCGAAAUUCGAAACUGUAAUUUUGGUUAUUUCUGACUGAAACCGCUGAAUAGUGAAUACCUGCAGGUUUUUA